AUGAAGAAGAUAUUAAUAAUAGCGUUUGUAUUGAUGCUGAGCAUGACAAUAGCGAAAUGUAGUAAGCGUGAUGGAGAAAGAAUCCUUGCAUCAUGUAAUCCCAGCGGUUUUUUGAAUGGCAAUUCCCACAAGUGCAAUCAAGAACACGACUCGGAUUGCUGCAGGUCAGGGGUUCGAUACCCACAAUACAAAUGCUCGCCCCGUGUGAAAGAAAAGACUCCAGCCACCCUCACUUUGAAUGGGUUUGACAGGAAUGAAGACGGAGGAGGAGCUGCUGCAUGCGAUGGAAAGUUCCACAAGGACAGUGACCUGGUGGUCGCUCUUUCCACAGGCUGGUACGCCGGUGGCAGCCGCUGCAAUAGCUUCAUAAAAAUUGGUAAUCCUCACAAUGGACGAACUGUGCGGGCCAUGGUGGUGGACGAGUGUGACUCUUUUUCUGGGUGUGAUAACGAUCAUGAACACCAACCCCCAUGCAAAAACAAUAUCGUGGAUGCUUCUCUGGGCGUAUGGAAAGCCUUGGGAGUCCACGGUAAGGAUGCUGGUCUUAUGAGUAUCACAUGGUCCGACGCCUAG